CCGCUGAUCCCAGCCCAACCCUGAUCCUGUCCGAACAGACAGAGACAGUGACAUCAUUGCAAGCAUCCAAAGCAUCCACAGGAUACAGAAUGACAGCCAUGCCCGUGGUGUGGUGCACCGAUCCCAAUUCGGUGAACAACAAGCCCACAGCCUUCGCCCUGCACGGCAUCCAGCUGCAGGGGAACGUGACGGAGAAACAAGUCCACGCCCUGCGGGAGCUGGUGAACGCCGCCGCCGAAGGGCGCCUCAUCCUGCCCUCGGACGGAACAUUUACGCUUCUCGACAGCGGCCUGAGCAUCGAGAGCUCAAUAGUGGCCGGGGGACUGAAGCAAGAGGGUGCAAGAGAGCCCAGUCCCAGCGAGUCCCCAGAAUCGCAUCCCCUCAAGAACGCAAAGAACACGUACAUCCUGAUGCCCGUGAGCAAGAUAUUGCCGACAUCGAUGUCGACCCAGACGGCAGGUUCGAUGGGGGCCGGAGCGGGACAGCCCGAGGCCAUUGCUGCUGCGGCAGCCCAGCUGGAAUUCCUGCUGGAGCCCAAGUAUUCUCCCUCGCCGCCCGCCUCCUCUGAUUCCGUGGCCGUGGAGGCGUCGGGUGGUAUUGCAGGGGUCAGUGGAGAGAUUCUGUACGAGUUCCUCUGCUGCGCCAAGUGCAUGAACGAGCAGCGGGCGGGGCAGAGUGGCACCUGCAACGAACGCCGUCUGCAGCGGUAUCUGCGGAGCUGCCAAGGUAACAACAGCGACUACGAGCCGGUCAAUGACCCUUCCGGGACGUGGCAGCUGCAGCUGGAUCCUGUCUGCAGCAUUGCCAGCAGAUACGCUCGCCGUCAGCACCGUCUGCACCACCAGCAGCGGCACAGGUCGCAUGGGACCGUCACGACGGGGAUAGCACGUAAUCGGCCCAAUCGCCACCACAAAUUACCAAUUCACAGUGUUAAAAUCUUUCAUAAUCGCAGCAGUUGCACGCCAGCCACAGCCACAGGCCCAGCCCCAUCCCCAUCCCCUCUGGGGGGAGCAUGCAUUGUGGGCGGGGGCCAAUCGGUGUCGCCAACUGCGAUGCCCAGCCACAGUCACAAUCGCAGUCGCUGUCCCAGCCAUAGUUCCAAGCCAGCGACUAGAGCGUGCGACGGCAAUGAGGCGUUUAGUUUGUCACCGACAGCGGCGCGAUCUACAUCGCUGACAGCCUCAGCGGCAGUACCAGUCACAUUGCCCCUCUACGCGGUGGUUAACAAAACUCGCGAAUUGUCGAGAGUCGUCUCCGAGAAGGCGGGGGAAAUGCCCACUGUGCUGGACGUUGUGCCCGAGGAGGCUCCGCAGGUCGGCCCCUCUGCGGUUGUGCGCGAUCUAAUCAGCUUUGAUGACGAUCAGGAGCAGGCGGUGGCAGGAGGAGGCAGGCAGACAGACUGUGAUGGCCACAAUGUGGACCUGCUGUGUGCCCCAAACGAGGAGGAUAUCCUUCUCGCACUGCUAGUGACGCCACCGCCCACGCCACCCAAGCCGGGCUCGCCCGUCAGCCACAGCUCGAGCCGCAAGACCAGCUUCGACUCGACCAGCACCAUUAGCUCCAUGGACUCGGGAUUCAUGGAGAUGCAGAACAAGUUGGACGCCCUGGCAGCAGCAGCAGCGGCAGCCGGAACAUCUGCCACGCCGACAACAUCAUCGAGUGGCGAGAAGAUUGCUCGCCGCAACUACAAGGAAUGCCUGACGCAGUCGCGGAAUCGUCGCAAAUCCUACGAGGAGUUUAAAGCCAUGUUUGUUGAACCGGCGGCAACGACGGCUUCGGAAGCAGCAGCCACUGUCAAUUUGCCUCUGUCCAUGCCCCAAGCAUCAUCGAUUGUUGCGGCAGAUGACGCAACAGCCGACAGCAGCAACACUGUGAUCCCAACAACAACAACAACAACGCUUGCCUCCAUUUCAGAACAAGAAACCACAAGCGAGAGAGUCAAACCGGAUUGUGCAAACGAGUUUGCCACCAGCGACGCUGUCCCAGGCCCAGACCCAGGCCCCAGAUCCCCCAUGGCCCCCGAUGAAAUGGAUACCGGGGAUGGCGAAUGUGAGGGCGAUACCAAUGGGUGUCUAACAGCAGCAGAAACCACAGCAGCAACAACAGCAACAGCAAAAGCGGCGACAGUCAACAGCAGCACCACAGAGGCAAUGCGAAAGAAUUCGGAUUUUCUAUCGCAGAUUCUCGAUCAUCAGUUUGCGGCCAAGGAGCGGGCCAAGGCGCACAAGCGGCGCACAUCGUAUGAGGAAUUCAAGCGAAUGGUUAACGAAGUCGAGAGUCUGGAAUGUCUGGACACUGUUGCAGUGGUCGCCACUGCCGCUGCCGCCAGAACCACACCCACACACACAUGCCCAGCCCCAGCCCCAACACCAACGGCAGGCCGAGCAGCAACAACAACUACCACGUCUCCGCUCAAGAGACAGAACUCGCGGCAGCGGAAGAGCUUCGCCAGCUACUUUCUGCCCCGCCGAAACUCGACCAAAGAGCCGAAGAUUGGGGACAAGGAGAACAGCGGCGGGGAGAUGAAUGUGCCACCAGUGCGAGAGGCCAAGGGCAAGGGCAAGCAGCUGCAGACUUACGCUGCCAAGCUGCCCGCCAACUCCAGCUCCAACUGUGACUCCAACUACAGGCGGAACUUCAAGAUAUACGACAAGCUGGUCUACGGCACCAUAUACGACAUCAUCCAGCGGAAAAACGACAUCUACCAGCUGACGUACCAGAAGUACGACAAGUACAUGACCUACGGCACCAUCUACGAGAUACUUCACCGCAAGUCCUCGCAGGAUGGCGGCUGCUUCCUCGGCGGCGUUGGCGACAGCAGCAGUAGCAGCAACAGCGACAGGUGGCAGCGCAAGAGCCUCAGCUCCAUCCUGGAGAGCAAGUCGGGCGACGUCAUCUACGACAUCAUCCAGAAGAGGGAGCGCGAGAAGCAGCGCCAGCAGAAAGCCCUGGACUCCGCCUCGGCCUCCGCCACUGUCCAGUCCGCCCUCAGUGUGCACAAGUAUGGAACCAUCUACGACAUUCUGCAGGGAGAGAAGCUGGAUGCUGGCGAUGCGGUGGAUAGCAGCAAGCGACCAGUUGCCGGCAAGCCAACGCGCUUCGUGGUCAGCCAUGUGGAGGAGCAUCCCCAUGAGAAGCAGCCAGAGCCGGCCAAGAGCCAAGAGGCUCCUGCCUGCACAGAGAGUGCCAAUCUGCCCGUGGAAACAGGGAAGGUGGCGCCGGCCAGCAAGCCAAAAAAGAUGCGGCGUCUAUCGAACAUCCUAAGCUACAGCAGGUCUCCAGCUGCAGGCAGCGGUGGGCAUGAGGAGCCAGAUGGCCACGAGGAGUCCAAGUUGAAGCGCAGCCAGGCCAAGCGGAGGAUCGGGGUGACGAAUCUGCUCCUGCCCCUGGACUCCGAGGAGCUUUACACGCGCAUCAUUGCCCAGCAGAGGCGUGAUUACAGAGCCCACAUGCAGAGUGACAGCGAUGCGGAGCCCAAAACGGCCAGCUCCCUGAUAAAGUCCAGCUCCCUGGACGCCAUCUCCAUGUCGGUGGCCUGCUCCCCACCUGCCACCGCCCAGCACACGCCAUCGCCGUCGCCGCCCCGUCCCCGCCGCAGCCUCAAGCAGCACCGAUGCCUGCAGCGCGGACAGGAGCAGCAGCGCCAAAGGCACCAGCUGGCACUGGUAAAGAAGCACUCCCUAGACAACUGCCUUCAGGCAGCAGCAGGAGCAGGAGCGGGAGCGGAAGCGCACACACACCAGAAGCAGCCAAUGCGCCGUUGGUCCAACCAGAGUCCUCUACGGUGCACCUGCCUUGCCCUUGAAGAGGAUCUACCUAGCCACCAGUGCACUUGCCCGCAUCCGCUGACUGCCAUUGAGAAGUCGCGAUCGCUACCCGUCGCCGUAGGCGGUGCCUGUGUCUGUGCCUGUGCCUGUUCCUCCUCCUCUGUCCACCACUCCUCCCCGCAUACGUGUGCAAACUUAAAUUGCGAUCAAAUCCCACAAGCAACGACAAAAUCAUCAACGACGACGACGACGACGACGACGGCCAAGAAAGGCAAAUCGCGUCGACUUUCGGAAUUUACGCGCGGUGAAUUUUUAAAUGAAAAAUCCUGGUACUUCCGCAAAAUCAAACGCAUUGAGGCUGAGAAAAAACUUCUACUGCCAGAGAACGAGCACGGUGCAUUUUUAAUUCGUGAUUCCGAGAGCCGACACAACGACUAUUCGCUAUCAGUGCGCGAUGGCGAUACGGUCAAGCAUUAUCGCAUCAGACAAUUGGACGAGGGCGGCUUCUUCAUUGCCAGACGCACAACAUUCAGAACCCUGCAGGAGCUGGUCGAACACUAUUCCAAGGAUUCCGAUGGCCUGUGCGUCAACCUCUGCAAGCCCUGUGUACAGACAAAUAAUACCUUUUCGGGUGUCUUUGAGAUCGAGAAACCCGUCACCGAGGGCCUCUCGCAUCGAACACGCGACCAGUGGGAAAUCGACAGAACUUCCCUCAAAUUCGUACGCAAACUGGGAUCCGGCCAGUUCGGUGACGUUUGGGAGGGACAGUGGAACAACACAACACCCGUGGCCAUUAAAACUUUGAAAUCGGGCACCAUGGAUCCCAAGGACUUCUUAGCCGAAGCCCAGAUCAUGAAGAAGCUGCGGCAUACCAAGCUCAUACAGCUUUACGCUGUCUGCACGGUAGAGGAGCCCAUCUACAUUAUCACGGAGUUGAUGAAGCACGGUUCACUGCUGGAAUAUCUGCAAGCCAUUGCAGGCAAAGGUCGUAGCCUCAAAAUGCAGACGCUCAUCGAUAUGGCCGCACAAAUAGCCGCUGGCAUGGCCUACCUGGAGUCCCAGAACUACAUCCACAGAGACUUGGCGGCGCGCAACGUACUCGUUGGGGAUGGCAACAUUGUCAAGAUAGCCGACUUCGGUUUGGCCAGGCUCAUCAAGGAGGACGAGUACGAGGCGCGAGUUGGCGCCCGCUUCCCCAUCAAAUGGACAGCGCCCGAGGCGGCCAACUACAGUAAAUUCUCAAUCAAAUCUGAUGUCUGGAGCUUUGGUAUUCUCCUCACUGAGCUGGUCACUUACGGGCGCAUACCAUAUCCAGGUAUGACUAAUGCGGAGGUGUUAACCCAGGUGGAGCACGGAUAUCGCAUGCCCCUGCCACCCAACUGCGAGCCGCGCCUGUACGAGAUCAUGCUCGAGUGCUGGCACAAGGAUCCGAUGCGCAGACCAACAUUCGAGACGCUCCAAUGGAAGCUCGAGGACUUUUACACCUCCGAUCAGAGCGACUACAAGGAGGCACAGGCUUACUGAUAAAUGCUGAUAAAUGCGUGGCGAGGAGCAGGAUUGAGGAGCUGCAAAUGGUCGCCGGGCAUCCCACAACGGACAAUUUAAAUUAAGUUACUUACUUCAGUUUUGCACAGAUUUCUGAUUGCUGCUCACUGCGACCAUGAACCCAUGGAGCCUAUGGAACUUUUGGGGCUCAUGGGCAGUGGCAUGUCUUGGUAGCUCCAUACCAUACGAUUCAUGUUAUUAGCGUUUAAGCUAACAAAUAGUUGUUAAGCUGAAAAGUGAAUGCGAAUGCAAGUGCACGUGUAGUUUUAAUUUGUACGUGCGAAUGUUUUUUUGGUGGAAUGCAAUUUCAAAGAAUGUUUUGUUCAUUUUUUGUUGUUUAUAUAUGACAAGCAUAUGGAUAAAUUUGUUUGGGCGCAUUUGUGGUAUUUGCCGAUAAAUAUAUCAAAUGUAUUAUUAUUCAUAUAACGCUAUAUACAUAAAUACAUGCAAACACGCAUACCGUGCAUGCACACUCACACACACAACACAUCUAUAUUAUAUAUAUAAACAUAUAUACAUACAAUGCAUCCGUAUAGUCAGAGUUAUACCUAGGAUCCACCAUUUAUAUUCUAUUAUGCCAACGCAUACUUAUCCUCAACGUACCCUGUUCUUCUUUAGUUUAUAGACCAAUCUGAAAUCUGAAAACGAUAUUUGCAGCACACAAAUAAAUGCAACUGUUUUGCUUUUAGUUAAUCCAUUACGUACGUGUCUUACCUCCUUCUCCUCCUCAACAUUAUCAACGACAUUAAACAUGCGUAUGCUUUAUCACAAA